CAAAUAUUUAGUGGAAGGGAAACACCACAGCCAACAGUAGAAAGGAAUACAAAUAUCUAAUGUUCCAGACUUCCAUUGGUCCAUCGGGGACUCUUCCGGGUUACAUACGAUGUGAGACUGCUCAAGGUAUCUUUGUGAAUAUCAAGGAUUUAUACUACUACAAUGGGAGCAAGCUACAUUUUGCUACUGCACAAAUUGGACAAGCUUUCAGGAAUGAGGUUGGUAGCUCUUUUUGUAGCAUUGUUUGUUAAUUUUUUGCCUGUUUUGUGACUUGUUUUGGACUAUGUUGGUUUAGCAAAGCUUCUGUGGUGGGAUGAAACCCGUGGUGCUUUUCACUGAACUUUUGGGUUGAAGGAAUAAGGAUGUAGGAGGCUUGCUAAGAAAUUAUAAAACUUUGUUUAGCACUUCAAACUGCCGACACCACAGUGACAAAAAGAAGACUUUUGUUGUUGUAACAAUUCGAACUGCUGAUUUUAUCCUUUUAGAAUCUUGUGUCUCUUUGUCAACUUUUCCUUGCAAUUCAUUCUCUGCAAAUAUUCUCCAUCCCAGUUAUCACUUCCUCUGCUGUGUUCAUCUUGGGAAAUUUGAUGUUUAUCAAUUCUGUUCUGAGCACUUGCAGCAUAAAUCUUUAGGAGCGUUUUGUUUUAGAUGCAUUUUAGAUGUUUCUUCUUAGAUACGAUAAAAUACCAAUUUUGAGUAUAAGUUAUUGUUUGGAAAUCGAAAAUAGAGGGUGCUACAGUCUUUUUGAUGAUUAGUCUUUGAGUUGCCUUUGAGUUGCCUUGAUAGAAGCAAGUAGAAAAUCAUCAUGUAUGUAGUUUUAGAUGCUUUACUUAGCUAUAUAUGUAUAUAAAUGCA